AAGUGGCUCCCCGGCGUGUUUCCUCGGUGUGUAAUAUGACACAGUGAGCUGGGCUGGGCCUGAUCCAGCCGAACAAGCCCAGCCCUUCAGGUCCUAAACCUGGCUAAGGGCUUGCAUUUCACUCUCGGGUGGGGCUGGCUUUUAUCUCCUAUCCACACCUCAGACGCUCACAUUGAGCUCUGCGCAAAGACGCACGCCACACCGGGACGGACUAGAAACUCUCUCCGCCGCUCGUCCUUCUCUCUCCGCCGCUCCACGCUUUCUGAUCGUCGGUCAUGUUCCGCUGCGGGAUCGCCUACCCUCGAUGCAGGUGGAUCGUGCCCCUGCUGCUGGUCUUCGCCAUCAUAUUUGACAUUAUCGCCAUCGCCGCCCAGUCGGGAUGGGUCGAGGACGAGGACGCCAGGACUCACUACGCCAGUAUGUGGGAUCAGUGCCGAGGCAGGAAUGGCAACUGGGACUGCAAGUCGCUCAUGGAGCACUCUUGGGCCCAGGCAGUGGCUGCUCUAAUGAUCAUUGGCCUCCUCAUCCUCAUCCUCGCCUUCAUCCUCUCCGUUCUGGCCAUGUGUAACCUCAACAUCAGCAUGCUGCCCGUCGUAGGAGUGCUGCUCAUCAUUGUUGUGAUUCUCCAGGUCAUCGCUCUGAUCAUCUACCCCGUCAAGUUCAACGACCUGAUCUUCGAGGGCAACUACUUCUACACCUGGGCUUACGGCUUCGGCUGGGGCGCCACCAUCCUCUCCCUGGGCUGCGCCAUCCUCUUCUGCUGCCUGCCGCGUUACGAGGACGACCUCACCGGCAACGCCAAGGUCAAAUACAUCUAUUCCUCCGCCUAAAGACCAAAAAAGGAACAAAACCUGCACACACCACCCAGUUACAGCCAUUUCCACUUUUCACUCUGGAGCUGGAUCUGCGCUGGCCGUUGAACAUUCUCACACCGUCCCGAUUCACCAAAGAUCCACGAUGGCUUAGUUCAGAUAAUUCGGGUUCAGCGAUGGGAAGCUUCUCAUCCGUCGUCCUGGGAGUGAAGCAGAGAGGGAUUCUAGCUGGUGUGGACUGUGACUGGAGGUUGCUUUAAAUGUACAAACCUCUAUUUUAGAUUAAGUCGGCAUCUUCAGAAAUGUGUUUUUACCAUUUUUUUCCCACAUAUUUCUCAGUUUAUCUGUAUUUUUAAACCAUCAAUGCAAAGAUCACCCAAGUGCGCUUAACUCAAAGGAGGUUGUUAGGUGUUAAAAAACAAACACAGCUUUCACCUGAUUUAUCUCCGAAAAUCUCUGUAGAUGAGAAAUCUGAAAUCUUUUUGCACAGGCUGGAAGAUGAAUCGUCAUCAUUUGGUUUUGUCCUGUGUUUUAUAGUUAGUUUUUUUUUCAGUAUGUUGUUGUGCAUAAAGGGAGAAGGAAGCAAAGGUUUGGACUCAAGCUGAAUGUAAUCUAUACAUAUAUAGAAAUGUACAUGUAGUUUUAACGGUUGUGUUUGCACGUUUUUUAUGCGUUUUCUUAUCUGCUGUUUGUCUCCAGAGUUUUGUAUUCUUGCUAUUACCAAAGGGGGUGUUAGUGUGGGAGUUUGCUGUGCUGUCUUUGGACGUGUUGUGAACGCUAUUAAUAAUACACUUCAUGAGCAGACGUGUGGCGUGAUGCUUGAUGUGAUACAGAGGAAGAAGAGGUGGAAGAGGGAAGCAAUGUUAAGAUGAAUUUCCACUGAGUUUCAUAGUUAAAACAUACUCUUACUCAAAAAUGUUCUUGACUACUCGGUUUUUCCAUUUUCCAAUUUGAUCAAAUGAUUUUUUUUUUGCAAUAUUCCCCUAAAGAAAACAGUUAUUUUAAAACCUGUAAAUGAAUAUUGUGACAUUUUCGAGAUGGCCUUGUUUAAUAAAUGAUGUCAAAAAAUUUGGUUUAAAGGGAACAAUUUAAAUUUAGAAGUUAAUUCUGUGUUCUGUGUGUUUAGACAGAAGGUUUACUCGUGUUUCAGUCGCAGAGGGACAACCAAGCAUAUAUUUUCGAGGGUCUGAUGAUGCAAAUUUGGCCAACCGUGUGCUGGUUUGUUGAGAUACUGAGGCCAAGUUGUCCAAUCUUCUGACCUGCUGUGUGUAAAACCUGUGCCUUAGCUUCUUCUUCUUCAGUGUUGCUGAAACCUCGAAUGUUCAAUCCAACUAGUCAGUCUGGUUUUGCUUACUCUGUUCAUGCCCAAACAAGAUCAAAUAAGAGUUCUAAAGAGAAUUACGAUGAUAAAAGAGACUUGACAGCUGAUUUUCAUUCCAUAAUCCAACUUCUGCUUUAAUGACGUGACCUGGAUUCUUUUAGGUUGUUAGCGCAGCAAAUGUCUGCCUAAAUAGCCUCCUGUGAUUUUAUCAUUUUAACCAGUAAUCUGUCCAGAUUCAGGCAGUUUUACACUUGAAGACGCUACACUGCAUGUCACGGAGAUCGAGAUGGAAACGUGCUUUUGCUUGUGGGAAUGAGUCUCUGUUUUCAACGCCAGCAUUUUAAAUCAUUACUGUACUAUAGGGAAUGUCUCAUUGGAAAUUCCAGCUGGUUUUCUGCUGUAGUAUGAAUUAUUUUUUGUAGUCUGUGUAUUUUUAUGCAAUAAACAGUUUCUUUUAUUUGAAGAA